GACCCCUUUAGAAAGCAGCAGAAAAUGGAGAUCCAGAAUACAGGUCCAGAUAUGCUCAUGGAUGUCGAUCCCGAACAACCUGUGGCCUCAACUUCUUCGGCAGCUGAGGUCACAGUAUCCCCCGCUCGCAACGCAUCCGCGGCUCGCGGCACAUCUCUUCCGCUCGUUCUCGGCACCCCCAAGUAUAAGGUCGGAUAUGUCUACUCGGCAAAAAUGAUGAUGCACAGCUGUUCCCGCGGUCAUCAUGAAGAACAACCCGAACGAAUCUCUCGCAUUUUCAAUAUCCUCAUGGAACAAGAUUGUCUAAGCAAAAUGAAACGACUUCCUAUCAGGCCAGUUCUUCCCGAAGAAGCACUACUUGUCCAUAGCCGAGCCCUCUGGGAGAAAGUGCUUGCUAUUCACUCCAUGACUGCUCAGGAUAUAGCCGACUCUGCAUCCUAUUAUGAUGAACUGUCGCUCUAUGUUCAUCCAAGUACACCCUACGCCGCUCAAUUGAGCGCCGGUGGCGUCAUCGAAGCUGCGCUCGCAGUGGCGCGGGGGGAAGUACAGAAGUCUUUUGCCAUAGUUCGACCACCCGGACAUCAUGCCGAACCAGACGAACACAUGGGAUUCUGUUUCUUCAAUAAUGUUUCGAUUGCGACAAAGGUGGUGCAGCUUCGUUCACCGCUCAAGAAGAUUAUGAUACUCGACUGGGACGUGCAUCACGGAAAUGGCACGCAACGUGCUUUUUACGAUGAUCCGUCGGUCCUCUACGUCUCCCUUCAUCGAUAUGACGGAGGGGACUUUUACCCUAACGGACCAUUUGGGAGCAUGGUGUCCUGCGGACAAGGCCCAGGACUUGGAUACUCUGUCAACAUUCCAUGGCCACAGCACGGCAUGGGCGACGCGGACUACAUCCUUGCCUUUCAGAAGAUUGUUAUGCCCAUCGCAGUCGAGUUCGCACCGGAGCUUGUCAUCAUUUCUGCCGGCUUUGAUGCCGCGGAGGGCGACACACUCGGUGAAUGCCACGUUACUCCGACAGGAUACGCGCACAUGACGUACAUGUUAUCCUCGCUCGCUGGUGGAAAGCUUGUGGUUGCACUCGAGGGAGGCUACAGCCUCGAUGCCAUCUCUGUCUCAGCAUUGGCGGUCGCGAAGAUCCUUCUUGGAGAGGCACCUCCGUCAUUGGAACCUAUGAUCGCCUCAGAUGCGGCCACGGAGACGAUUUGGCACGUUGCCAUGGAACAGAGUAAAUAUUGGAAGAACGUGGACCCCAAAUCCUGCGAUCCAUUGGAAGAAAUGGAACCGGCCGCGUUCACUAUACCAGAGUUGCUCAAAGCACACAGGCAAGAAUAUCUGUUCCAAGAACACGGCAUGGUCACCGUACCACUCGUCUCACAAGCCCUAACUGACCGAUUCAGUACCCAAGUGGCCUGCACGGCCGACAUCUUGACUAAUAAUACCCUCAUCGUCUUUGUCCAUGAGUUCGGCAAUCUGCUUGUGGAGUUGGAUUCCGUGAUGGAGUGCAAUGUUCAGCAGGAACAUUCGUACCUGAUCGACUGCUCUAAGCAAAUCAUCACCUGGGCAAAGACAUCUGGCUAUGGACUACUCGACGUCAAUGUACACCUCAACCCGGAUGUCAAAUCUAAGCUGCGCAACCCCGAGGACCCAAGGGAGGACAUCAUGACAUACUUAUGGGAUAAUUACAUACAGCUUGCCGACGCGCGUCGAGUCGUUCUCAUCGGGCACGGUCCCGGGUGCGAGGCGCUCAUGACCCUGAUGCGUAAGCGAGGCGCGUCUGUGAUACGCUCCGUGCAGGCAGUAGUACAAGUGGUGGGCAAUCACCAUGUUCCAGUCACGCCAGCCGAUGGCAAUGGCCUGCGUCAGUGGUACUAUCAGAACUCGCUGGUGGUCGUUCCGUCGGGCCACAAUAUAUUCCACGACCAGAAAAUUAAAAUGAAACAUGGGAGUGUUGUCCGCACAGAUGAGACAAAGGCCAUCAAACUUAUAAUCAAGGCUAUGCCUUACAUUAAAGAGUUCAUCACUGGUCGACUAGCUUCCGCAAAUGGCGUGAAUGACACAGCCGAGACAGCAUAGUCGUGUUCUCGCUUGUUUUACCAUCUCUGACAUACAGGUUGUACUGUAUCUGCGAACCGGUAUGACUCUUGUAUCACUGAAACUAUUCCUCAAGGUGAAUGAUAAGUAUGGUGCAUGUA